AUGAAGGCGAAGGCGCAGACCGCCCCUGUGAACAUACCGCCACCAAACGAAGAAGAGCGUUCACAUAUGCAAAGAGGGUCUAAAGGCGUGAACGGCCGUGGAUCGCAAGUCAAAGUCGAGGACAAGAUGGACGAGGGCCAGUUAUCUCGUUUAGCCACUGGUGUCACGGUCGAUGCAUCAGGGCCAGCUUCUGCUACGCCUGCCGGAAAACAGGAGAAGCAGGAGAAGGCUGCAUAUGUGGAAUUACGGAAAGGAAUUAUACGAGUAGUCGCGGUCGAGAACGAUCGACAAUCACGCUCCUCUGUCAUCCUGACCGGCCUGAAGACGCUUUUUCAGAAGCAGCUACCGAAGAUGCCGCGGGAGUACAUCGCGCGGCUAGUGUUCGAUACGAACUCGAAGUGCCUCGGGAUUAUCAAGCGCGGGUAUAAAGUCGUGGGUGGUAUAUGUUACCGCCCCUUUCCACAUCGCGGGUUCGCAGAAAUCGUGUUUUUCGCGACCGCGUCCAUCGAUCAAGUCAAGGGCUACGGCGGGAUGCUCAUGGACCACUUCAAGGCGCACAUCCGGCAGACGUACCCGGACAUGAUGUACUUCCUCACGUACGCGGACAACUACGCCGUCGGCUACUUCCGCAAGCAGGGCUUUUCGAAGGAGAUCACGCUCCCGCGCGCGCGCUGGGCGGGGUACAUUAAGGACUACGAGGGCGGCACGAUCAUGGAGUGCAAGCUGCUCCCGCAGGUCGACUACCUCCGCUGGCGCGAGAUCACCGCCCAGCAGCGCGAGGCCGUGCUCACGAAGAUCAGGGAGAAGAGCAGGUCGCACAUUGUGUACGACGGCCUGUCGCAGUUCCAGGACGGGAAAGGCGACGGGGUCAGGGUCGAUCCGAAGGAUAUCCCUGGGUUGAGGGAGAGCGGGUGGACGCCGGACAUGCAGACGACUCCGGUGCGCCCGACGGGGCGCAACGCAGAGCGCGCCGCCAUGGAGAAGCUGCUCAGCGACCUGCAGGGCCACUCCACGGCAUGGCCGUUCCUCCAGCCCGUGAACGCGAAGGAGGUCGCAGACUACUACGAGGUCAUCCUGCAUCCCAUGGAUCUGAAUACGAUGGAGCACAAGCUGUACACGAACCAAUAUACGGACGUGGACGCGUUCAUCGACGACGCGCAGCUUAUCUUCGACAACUGUCGCUCGUACAAUCCCGAGGACACCGUCUAUCACCGGAGUGCGACAAAGCUCGAGAAGUACAUGCGCGACCGGAUGAAGGAGUAUGGAUUGGAACGGAGUUCGAAGAUUAAGAGGGAGGACUAG